UGGCAUGGUUUUGGGCAGAAGGUGCGUCUCCUGGCCCCCUACCUGUGGCCCCGGGGCAGCCUGCUUCUACAGGGAAUGGUCCUGCUCUGUCUAGCCCUACUGGCCAUGGAAAGGGUAGUCAACGUCUUCGUCCCCAUCUACUCCAGAAACAUAGUGAGUAAUCUGUCUGAUGGCAGCAGCUGGAGGACCCUGGCCACCACCGUGUGUAUCUAUGUCCUGCUCAAGUUCCUCCAGGGUGGAGGGGCAGGUACAUCAGGGUUUAUCAGUAACCUAAGGUCCUUCCUGUGGACGCGGGUCCAGCAGUCCACCAGCAGGGUGGUUCAGGUCCGUCUGUUUGGUCACCUCCACUCCCUGUCGCUGCGCUGGCACCUGGGGAGACACACUGGGGACGUUCUGAGUAGUGUAGACCGAGGAACCUCUUCUAUCAACAACCUGCUCAGCUACAUCAUCUUCAGUAUCCUGCCCACCAUCGCUGAUAUAGUCAUAGCCAUCCUUUACUUUGUGUCCUACUUCAGUGCCUUGUUUGGCCUCAUCAUCUUCAUCUGCAUGCUGACCUACCUCACUUUCACCAUCCUGAUCACGGAGUGGAGGACCAAGUACAGACGAGACAUGAACACUCAGGACAACAACGCCAAGUCCAAGGCUGUGGACUCACUGCUCAACUUUGAGACGGUGAAAUAUUACAACGCCGAGGGGUAUGAAGUGACCUGCUUCGAGGUGGCAAUACUGAAGUACCAGCAGUCAGAGUUGAGGACCAACGCUUCGUUGGCACUACUGAACCAGACCCAGAACCUGAUCAUUGGCUCAGGGCUGUUAGCAGGAUCUCUGCUCUGUGCUUCCAUGGUCACAGAAGGCCAGUUCCAGGUUGGUGACUAUGUCCUGUUUGGCACCUACAUCAUCCAGCUGUACACUCCUCUCAACUGGUUCGGUACAUAUUACAGACUAAUCCAGAGCUCCUUUAUUGACAUGGAGAACAUGUUCAAGCUCUUAACAGAAGACAAAGAGGUGAAAGACGAUGUCAGUUCUACAGAGCUACUGUUGACAGCAGGCGAGGUGAAGUUUCAGAACGUGUGCUUCAGCUACACUGAGGGGAAUGUGAUUCUCAGGGGCGUAUCUUUCACUGUGAUUGCCGGCCAGACUGUUGCUCUGGUGGGUCAGUCUGGUUCAGGUAAAAGCACUAUCCUCCGUCUACUGUUUCGCUUUUACGACAUCCAGGGAGGCUGCAUCCGUAUUGAUGGACAGGAUAUAUCCAAGGUGACCCAGACCUCUCUCCGCUCCUACAUUGGUGUGGUUCCUCAGGACACGGUGCUCUUCAAUGACAGCAUAAGAAACAACAUCCGCUACGGACGCAUUGGCGCUAGCGACCAGGAAGUGGAGGAGGCUGCCCUCGCUGCGGACAUACACUACAAGAUCCUGUCACUGCCCGAGGGGUAUGAGACCCAGGUGGGAGAGAGGGGACUGAAGCUGAGUGGAGGAGAGAAACAGAGAGUAGCCAUCGCCCGAACCAUCCUGAAGGACCCUCGGAUCAUCCUGCUGGAUGAGGCUACGUCAGCCCUGGACACACAGACAGAACGCAACAUCCAGGCCUCACUCUCCAAAGUCUGUACCAACAGGACCACUAUAGUAGUAACACACAGAUUGUCGACCAUCAUUGGAUCAGACCAGAUCCUGGUAGUCCAAGAUGGCCAGAUUGCAGAGAGAGGGAGGCAUGAGGAGUUGCUGUCCCAGGGAGGUUUGUACUCUGCUAUGUGGCUGAAACAGCAGGACAGAGACAUACAACCCUAACCCAGAGGG